AUGAAAAUACCCACAAUUUUCGCAACAAUUUCCCUUCUUUCCGCCGUUUUGGCUGGGACUCCUUGGAUCCCAGAGCCACGUGACGGAUCCUGGCUUGAACGACACGAAGGGUUCGUCAACAAUUCUUUGAUAAACGGGGGUCAAAUCAACCUUCUCUUUUACGGUGAUUCCAUUACUGACAACUGGGACGUGGAUGAUCCAUAUUGGGGCGCUAAAGAAAUAUAUGACGAAUAUUAUGCUCCCUUGGGUUCUGCAAACUACGGAGUGGGCUCGGACAGAACGGAACACGUGCUUUGGCGAAUUAUUCAUGGGGAAGUGGAAAAUUUGCGGCCAAAAGUUUGCGUUUUAAAAAUUGGAACGAACAAUUUGGACGAAAACACCGAUGUCGACAUCGCCCGUGGAAUUGCCGCCAUCGUUACCGAACUCAGGUCCCGCUUACCAGAGACAAAAGUGCUGUUGCUGGGAAUCCUUCCGCGCGAGAAUUCUGUAAUGACGAGCCGAUGUGACAAUAUAAAUGGGAUGAUAUCCAUCCUGGAUAAUGGAAACUCGGUGCGAUACCUGAAUAUGAGGGGUGCUUAUUUUGACGGGAAUUUCUUCUAUGAAGGAUUAUAUGUCCAUGAUUUGAUUCAUCUUUCCAAGUUGGGAUAUGCAAAAUGGCAGGAGGUGAUGGAUCCCUUGUUUUCGGAGAUGUUUAACUCGACUAAUUGA